UUCUCACCGCGUGGAUGCUGAGCCCGUGGUGUGCUAGCACGUGAAACUGGUACUUUUCCCGUACGUGAGGAUGAAACGUUAAGUACCAUGCGGUUUGAGCACGGCCCAGAGUACCACGCGGCUGCAGGCUAAGCCAAGAAGUCUGAGAUCUAGAGCCGUAGCUGCUGCUUCUUGGUUUAUACACCCUCCAAACAAACUAAGAGGACACUGCCACAAACCCGGGGACCGGGCCUCUGCCUGGAGGCGGAGCCAAAGAGCGAGUGGACGGCAGCCAUGAAUGAAUGGAUGAAGACAGGUCCCUUAGAAUGGCAAGAUUACAUUUACAAAGAAGUCAGAGUGACAGCAAGUGAGAAGGAGUAUAAAGGAUGGGUUUUAACCACAGACCCAGUCUCUGCCAAUAUCGUCCUCGUGAACUUCCUUGAAGAUGGCAGCAUGUCUGUGACUGGCAUUAUGGGACAUGCUGUGCAGACUGUUGAAACUGUGAAUGAAGGGGACCAUUGGGUAAGAGAGAAGCUGAUGCAUUUGUUCCUGUCUGGAGACUGCAAGGCAUACAAUCCUGAGGAUCUGGAAGUGAGAAAGAACAACCUAAAGAAAUGGCUUGAGAAGAACCACAUCCCUGUCACUGAACAGGGAGAUUCAUCAGGAACUCUCUGUGUGGCUGGGGUCCUGACUAUAGAACCACCAUAUGGUCCAGAAAACUGCAGCAGUUCUAAUGAGAUUAUUCUGUCCCGUGUUCAGGAUCUUAUUCAAGGAUAUCUUGCAGCUUCCCAGUGAGAGGUCAAGAACUGUGGAUGCACUGAUCUGAGACUUUUUUUCCUUCAUAAAAUGUUUUGAAUGUUAAGGCCAUCAUAAUACAGGACUUUAAAGGCACAUACAUGUGGGUAUGAAUUUUAAUUUGUAGUUUUGGUAAAAUCAAAGAUGUGGAUUGUGAGUGCUAAUAAGUAAGUGAGCUGUGACAAGGAUAACAUCAUGUGCAACACAAUUAGCACAGGGACAUCAGAAUCGUAAGUCUUUUCAUGGGGCUAUACUUCACUUUUGUUAGGUAACAAGCGUAUUUAUAAAAUGUAUUAAGUCACUUGCACUGACUAUAUGUGUUUCUUUAAGUUUCUAUUUUUAUUUUUUGGUGUAAUAAUGAAACUUGGUUGAAACUUGAAAGUUUUGGCUAUUGUUAAAUAUUUCAACAUAUAAUAAGCCUUAAAACUGUCAAAGCCUUUCAAGUGAGAACAGGCUGGUAUCUCCGAGGGAAAAUGUUCAGUGGGAUGAGUAUUCUGCAGCUGAACCCAGCGCAGGUCCUUGGCCUGGUGGAGUACGCCCAGGCUUCUGACUCAGGCUGCUCUCUGCCUGGAGUGCCCAUGCCCCAGGUUAGGCUUCACGGAGUGAGGAGAGUACAGGAAGUGUGCUUCGCUGCACUUGACCUGUGGAAGCCAGUUAGGGCCAGGACUCGGGGUGUCUGGCCUAGAAAGGCACCUCAGAUGAUUAGUUUCGGGGUUUUUUUCAAGGGCAUGUCUAGAAUGCCGUAAGGUUAGCUUAGAACUCCGAGGCCUUAACUCGCUAGGACAAGGGCCAACAAACUUGGCCCUUGCGGCAAAUCCGGCCUGCUGCCUCCAUUUGUUCAGUUUUAUGGGAACACACAGACUAGUUUAUGUUUUAUGUACAGCUGCUUCUGAGCCAUUGGCAGAGUUGAGUAUUGGGACAGAAAUGAUGUGGCUUACAAAUUUUGUAAGGACCCUUCACAGGGUCUUCCCUCACAACUUGAAAGUUCCACGAUCCUGAGUGAAAUUCAGCACAUAGCCUUUUUCCUUGUGACCCUGGAAUGUCGUUGCAAAGCAAACAGGAGAAGGGGAGUAAAAUUAAAUUUGGCAUGGGAACAAUGCUGACAAAAUGAGGACUGGAGUAAACCAUCUAGGAAAUCAUUCACAGUAUCAUUCAGGCUUGGUCCUUGGCCCAGGGACAGGUGGGUGAGCGUUGGUAGAUUUAUUUGCUGCCUGACUUAAUGAGCUGGGGACAGGGACUGUUUCUUGGCAACUGAGUCUUCUGAUUGUUGAAACAGUUUGCCCUGCUGCUGAAGAGGGUAAGUGAUCCUGCUCCGCCUGGGAAACCUGCCUGCUCAGGGAGUUGCCUCAGCCCCUGGGGCUACGAUUCUUCCCUCGGAGUCUAACUCAGCUGUUUUCAGAUGCAUCCUCUGGAUCCAGAGGCCAAGGGGAUUCCACCCCAGAGUUGGCUCUGCUCCCAGCCAGCUGGAGGCAGUAGCCAGGGCAGUCUCUGAACACACUGGGUAUCCAGAACACUUCAAAACGAAGGUGGUUAGGAUUUUCAUUGAGUACUUUUUGCUUCCCUUGGAGUAAAGUUUCCAACAUUUGCACCAAUUUCUUGCUAUGGCAUUUGUUCACCCGAUGUCCUAAAUGUCUUCACCUUUUCCUAAAAAAAGUUAUUGCUGAAAUAGGUUUUUUUCAUGAAUUGUUUUUUCCAAAAUUGUUAGUGAGAAAUUUAAAACAUUCACAAUCAUUGUAUUUGAUGAGAACUGGUGAAACUUUCAUGAUGCCUUGAAGCAGAUUCUAGAAUGCUAGUCAGAGGUAGGGGUUACUAUAAUUCAUGCUUACAUUUUGGGAAAAAAUCAGAGUAAUGAAGGACUAUAAUUACAUAUACUCAAUUGCUUCUACUGUCAAAUACAAGGGUGUUUUUUUAAACCACUAUGGAGGUAUAGUUAACAUAAGUGGCUGUACAUAUUAAAUGUAUACAACUUGGUAGGUUGGAGAAAACCACCAGUGUUUGCCAUAAGCAUACCCAUCACUUCCGUAAGUUUUCUCCUGCCUUUAUUACACAAUUGGGUUUCAUUGUUCAAAUAAAAUUAAAGGAUUUUUCUUUUAUUAAAAAUUAUUCUAGUACCCACACAUGCUUUAUAUUUUGUAUAUAUUUAAUUUAAAAAAGUUUUUAGAGAGGGGAAGGGAGAAACUUCAAUGUGUGGUUGCCUCUUGUGCACCCCCUACUGGAGACCUGGCCCGAAUCCCAGGCAUAUGCCCUGACUGGGAAUAGAACUGCUAACCCUUUGGCUUGCAGACCAGCACUUAAUUGGCUAAGCCACACCAGCCAGGGCUGUAUUUUGUAUAUUACUUGCUAAUCCUUUAAAAUUUUUACAUAAUUAUAAUCAAUGUAUUCAGUUUUUUCAUUUUUGUUUUCAUAAUUAUGUAAGACAAUAUUUUCUAUUGUGUUGAUAAACUAUGCUUCUUUAUACAUUCCUCUAAAUUUUGACAUGUUGACCUUUUUGCUAUCAGAUUGUUGCAAAGUAUAUCUUCAUGAAUGCAUCUUCAUUGCUUUAUCAAAGACGAUUUUCAGUGCCUAGAAAUGAAGUACUAUCAAAGAGUAUGAACACAUGUAAGUUUUUCCUUGUAUUUUUAAAUGGUUUGUGCUUCUUUCAUUGACAAGAACAAUAAAUAAGUACAUAAUACAAAUUUCGUCAGACCCUUAGAAUACUAACAUUUUAAUUUUUGCUACUCAACGUGAAAUGGUGUUUUAAAGUUGUUUUAAUUUGUAUUUCUUUGUUAGCAUUUCCCCAUGUGCUUCUUUAUUUCCAGUGUGGGAUCUGUUUGAUUCAUAUCUUCAUUUUAAAAAAUAGCAAUUUUUGCUCUGGCUGGUAUAGCUCAGUGGAUUCAGUGCUAGUCUGUGAACCAAAUGGUCACUGGUUCAAUUCCCAGUCAGGGCACAUGCCUGGGUUGCUGGGCCAAUUCCCCAGUUGGGGCUGUGUGAGAGGCCACCAUGCAUUGAUGUUUCUCUUUCUCCCUCCCUUUUCCUCUCUCUAAAAAUAAACAAAAUAUUUAAAUAACUUUAAAGAAGUUAUUUCCCCUAUAUUCUCAUGUUUCUUAUUUAUUAUCUAAUUUUUACUCAAAUGGAUACAUGUUAAUAAACACUGAAAUUAUAGCAUACAUAUACUGCAUUUAUUUACGGACAUGUAAAUUACGGAACAUUUGCAAGAACACAACAAAGAAUUCCCAUGUAUCUUUUCCCCAGCAAAUGUUAACUCCCCCACAUUUGAGUUUUCUGUGUUUGUGUAUGAGUGUGUUCAUUUUUUCCUGAACUGUCUGAGAGUAAAUCAUGGACACAAUGAAAAAAGUGAGUUCAUUUCCUAAAUGACUGCAGGACAAUCAUUGAAAUCAGGAAAUUAACACUGAUACAGAUCUUACCAGAUUUCACUGAUUAUCUCAGUGUCCUUUAUAGCAACCCCCCCCCCUUUUUUUUCUUGGCCCAUGUAUUGUAUUCACUUGUCAUAUCCCUUUAAUCUGCAAUAGUUUCUCAGUCUUUGACUCACAACGAGGACAUUCUUGAAUACAGGCCAGUUAUUUUGGGGAAUAACCCUUAAUUUGUUUUUUUUUAUGAUUCAGUUCAGUGUGCACUGGGACACUGGAAGUGAUAGAAUGUUCUUCUUAGUACGUCGUAUCAGGAGGCACAUGGUGUUAAUUUGUCCCAGUUCUGGUGGUGUUAACUGUGAUCACUUGGUUAAGGUGGUCUGUUAGAUUUCCGCACUAUGAAGUUACUAGUUUUUUUUUUUUCUUUUUUUUAAAGAUUUUAUUUAUCUUUAGAGGGGAAGGGAAGGAGAGAGGGAGAGAAAUAUCAAUGUAUGGUUGCCUUUUUGUGCGUCCUCUGCUGGGAACUGGCCUGCAACCCAGGUAUGUGCCCUGACUGGGAAUCGAAUUGCGAUUGUCUGGUUUGCAGGCCCGCGCUCAAUCCACUGAGCUACACCAACCAGGGCUCUUCUACUUUUUAAAAAAAUUUAAUUUAUUUUUAGAGAGAGGGGAAGGGGAGGAGAAAGAGGGAGAAAAACAGUGUGUGGUUGCCUCCCACGUGGUACCUACUGGGGACCUGGCCUGCAACCAAGGGGAAUCAAACUGAUGACCCCUUGGUUUGCUGCCCAAGCCCAAUCCACUGAGCCACACUGGCCAGGGCUCCUUUAUCUUUCUUUUAUUUUUAUUUUUUAUGUUCAAGUACAGUAGUCUCCAUUUUUCCCCCAUCACUCCCCCCCAACCCCACCCUCGAUCCUACUCCCUUAGGCUUUGUCCAUGUGUCUUUUAUAUAUGUUCCUUGACAAGCCUUCCCCAGUAUACCCCAUUAUCCCUCUCCCCUCUGUUUACUGUCAGUCUGUUCUUUAUUUCAAUGUCUCUGUUUAUAUUUUGCUUGCUUGUUCUGUUGAUUAGGUUCCACUUAUAGGUGAGAUCGUAUGGUAUUUGUCUUUCACUGCCUGUCUUACUUCACUUAGUGUUAACACUCUCCAGAUCCAUCCAUGCUGUUGCAAAGGUAGUUCUUUUUUUCUGCUGCAUAGUAUUCCAUUGUGAAACUAUACCAGACUUUUGAUCCACUCAUUUACUGAUGGGCACUUAGGUCACAUCCAUCACUUGGCUAUUGUAAAUUGUGCUGCUAUGAACACUGGGGUGCAGAGAUCUUUCGAAUUGGUGUUUCAGGAUUCUUGGGGUAUAAUCCCAGCAUUGGAAUGGCUGGGUCAAAAGGUAGUUCCAUUUUUAGUUUUCUGAGGAAAUUCCAUACUGUUUUCCACAGUGGCUGCACCAGUCUGCACUCCCACCAACAGUGCAAUAGGGUUCCCUUUUCUCCACAACCUCACCAGCACCUGUUUGUUGAUUUGGUUAUGAUGGCCAUUCUGACCCGUGAAGUGGUAUCUAAUUUGCAUCUCUCUGAUGGCUAGUGAUGCUGAGCAUCCUUUCAUGUCUGUUUUUGUAAUUAAAGGUAUCUUCAUACAUAUUUUUAAAUAGCUUUACUGAGGUAUUACAUACCAUAAAAUUCAUCCACUUUAUAACAGUGAUUUUUGGUGCAUUUAGAGUUAUGCAGCCAUCAUCACAAUUUUUUAAAAGCAUUCCCAUCAUUGUAUAACAUCCCUUAUCCUGUUUGUAGCUAAUUCCCAUUCCCAUCCUCAGUCCCAGGCAACCACUCAUCUCCUUUUUGUAUCUAUAGAUUUGAUUUUUCUGUACAUUUCAUAUAAAUGGAAUCAUACAUAUAUGGUCUUUGUAUGUGGCUUCUUUCACUUAACUUCACUGAUGUAACAUGUAUCAGUGGUUCCUUUUUCACUCUUGAUAGUAUUCCAUUAUGAAUAUACAAUAUUUUAUUCACCAGUUGAUGGAUAUUGGGUUCCAUUUCUUUCUAUUAUGAAUAAUGCUGCUGUGAACAUUUGUGACAAAUCUUUUGUGGACAUAUUUUCAUUUCUCUUGGGUGAAAAACCUAGUAGUGGAAUUGCUAGGUCAUAUGAUGAAUUUGUUUAACUUUUUAAGAAACUACCAAACUAUUUUCCAGUGUGGCUAUACCAUUUUACAUACCAUCAACCAAGGUAUGAGGGUUUCAAUUUCUCUGCAUCCUCACCAGCACUUACUGUUGUGUGUGGUUCCAGUGCUUAUGAGGUAUCAGUGUCUCGUCGUAGUUUGAAUUUGCAUUUCCAUAACGACCAAUAAUAUUGAGCAUCUUUCCAUGUGCUUGUUAAGCCAUUUGUAUAUCCUCUUUGCUGAGAUGUUCAUUCGAUUCACCUAUUUAAAAAAUGAGCUGUCUACCUGAGUUGUGAGAGUUUAUAUACUUUAGAUUCAAGUGCUUUAUCAGAUAUGAUUUGCAGAUAUUUUCUCCCAGUCUGUUGUUUUGUAUUUUUUAAAUUGUUUUUGAACUGCCUAAGUUUAAAAGAUUGUUUAAAAAAUUGAUUAAUUACAAUUUAUCAAAAACUUUUUUAUAGAUCAUGAUUUUGGUGUCAGGGCUGAGAAUUCACGGCCUAACCCAAGGUCACAAAGACUGUUUUCUUUUAAACAUUUUAAUUAAAUCUUAAACUUAGGUUUAUGUUCCACUGAGUUAAUUUUUGUGUGUGGUGUGAGGCAAGGGUCUAAAUUCAUCUUUUUGCACAAGGAUAUUAUACUACUAUUUGUUGAAAAGACUUUCUUCAUUGAACUGUCUUGGUACUUUUGUUGAAGAUCAGUUGAUCAUAAAUGUUAAGUGUUUAUUUCUGGACUAACAGUUGUGUUUCGUUGCCCUCUAUGUGUUGGCAACACAUCGUAUUAAUUACUAUAGUAUUACAGUAAAGUUUUCUGUCUGUACAUGUAGGUCCUCCAAGUUUGAUCUUUUAAAAGACUGCUUGACUAUUCUGGCUCCCGUGCAGCCCCACUUAAGUUUUGGAAGAGGCUGUCAAUUUCUGGAAAAAUAACUGCCUGUGGGGUUUUGAUAGGGAUCGUGUUGAAUCUGUGGAUCAACUAAAGGAGAGUUAUCAUCUUAAUAUUGAGUCCUUCAUUCUAUGAACUAGAAUGUCUCUUCAUUUAUUUAUCUUUAAUCUUCUUAAAACAAUGUUUUGUAGUUUUUAGUGUACAAGUCUUAUAUUCCUUU